AUGCUUCGCCAACUCGGCUGGAGCGAAGCUCGCAUCAAAGCCUUCCGGAACCGCGAAACGAACCCCAAUCAAUAUUACUACCGUUUUAACGACCCGGGCGAGCCGCAGGCGACUGGAAAAUGGAGCCAGAAGGACAAGGCGCUGUUUCUGAAGCUCAUCGCGCAAAAUGGAGUGGACUAUCGAUGGGGCAUUUUCUCGAUGAAAAUCCCGGGCCGCGUCGGCUAUCAGUGCAGUAAUUUCUAUCGGCAAUUGGUGCGCGACGGCGAGAUCAAAGACGAGAACUACGAGGUGAACAGCGACGGGAAGCUUGUGUUUCGGCUUCGGAACUCGGCGGGGAAGAACAUGGAGAAGAGAAAAAGGGCGGGCACGUCGACGAGCAAAACGCGCAAGCGAGCGAGGCAGGAAAGCUCGAGCGACGAGGAGGCGGAAGAGGAGGAGAAGGGCGAGGUGCUGCCGGUAGGAGAGAGUGGCUGGAGUGAGAGAAAGGACUACAUUGAUCCGAUGACGAUGAUGCCGGUGCAGACGCCUGCGAUUUCGCCGUAUGGACAUGUGAUGGGAUACGAUUCGUGGGUGAAGGUGCUGAAUCGAAACCCGAAGAAUACGUGUCCGUUCACGAAGAAGAAACUGACACGACGCUCCCUUGUAAAGCUAACUUUUGAGAAUAUUGACGAGUAUCGUGAUAAGAUCAUUAAAGUCAACGGUUUUGAUGCCGAGUUUCAUGAAAAAGAAUGAUCUGUUUCUGUUGUUCACGGAUCAAUCCACUCUCGAUUCCAAAUCCAAAUACUUCAUACGAAAACAUUUAUUUAUUGAUUUAUUGAUUUAUUGACUUAUUGAUUUAUU